AUACUGCUCGGUACGAUCAACAACAGCACCAACAUGGCUGAUACCGAGCGUCCUCGAACGCCUCCGCGACGGGCUCCUGCAUCUGCGGCUUCAGCCAAGUCUCCCAUCACACCCGAACAGGUGCGGCGGAUGGAAGAGUCCCGCUUACGAGCCAAAGCACUUCGCAACCAGCAAGACGUCCGUCUGGCUCCAUCUCGGCCCUCGCCGACAUCAACCACACUCGCAGCAGGCCAGAAACGACCUCACGCCGCCAUCACUCGAGACACGCCGGCCUCUUCCCGCGAUGCUCGAAACAGCGUUCCCAGCAGCAAUAAUGGCCUUGCUUCUGCCCCCGACGAUGGCAUUCGAGCCGCGCGCAAAUUUCAAAAAUAUGUCGAGUACGACUUCAGCAAAAUGACAGAUACGAAAGGCGGUUUCAUGACUGCAGACGAUGACCCCUAUAAUAAAGCGUUGCAUGCGCCUGAUCCCGACGGGAAGCCUGCGAAUAUGACGCUGCGAGAGUGGGAACACAAGCAGCUACAGCGGAAAUUACAGAAUGCAAAGGCAGGGCCAUAUGAGCCCGGGUUGUCUGCGCUGGACGGGAGGAACGCCAAGAAGUGCAGAGAGUGCGGCAGUCUGGAGAUUGACUGGAACUGGGAUGAAAUGCUCCACACGCAAGUCUGUCAUACGUGUAAAGAGAAGCUGCCGGAAAAGUACAGUCUGUUGACGAAGACGGAGGCAAAGGAGGACUAUCUGCUGACAGACCCGGAAUUGAAAGAUGCAAGCUUGCUACCGCAUAUCAAAAAGCCCAAUCCGCACAAAAGCACGUGGAACGACAUGAUGUUGUUCCUACGAUAUCAGGUGGAAGAGUAUGCCUUCUCCGACCAGAAAUGGGGGAGCGCGGAGGGGUUAGAUGCCGAAUAUCAGCGCAGGACGCAAGAGACGAAAGAUCGCAAAGAGAAGAAGUUUCGAAACAAACUCAACGAGCUCAAGAAGCGAACGAGAGUCGAUGCCUACAAAAAGGCGAGGAGUGGAGGCGGAGGCGAGUUUGGCGAUACGAUAGGGAAAGGCCAACACGAACAUGAAUGGGGACGGAGCGUGGAGGAUCCAGAGACGGGCAUGACGAAGAAAGCAUGUGUCGAGUGUGGUAUGGAGGUGGAAGAGCUGGAAUUUUGAAGCCUGCCCGACCAUGAUGACUGUGAGCUUAGUAUGUGUUUGAUGCAGCGCAAGAUACCCCAUUGAAU